AGGGUGUGGCUAGAAAUUUUUUUCUCGUCAAUUCGAUCGAUAAUUCGUUAUGGUCGUUUCGCAAAGGCUCUCGGUGUCGUGAUUAUUUCUAAUACAUUCAAAUUUAUUCCUUAGAUUGGGGAAAUUUGAUUUGGUCACUGGUUAUUUCGUCAUUGGAAAUCCCGAAAGAUAAUUUAAUUAACAAAUUCAAUUAAUUGUAGUCUUAUCUCGUUUUACCACUUUGCUAAUGAUUUUUUUCCCCAGUAAUUUCGUUAGAAAAAUUUUUACACAAUAAAUAUUUUCCUGAAAACCUGAAAAACCAAAAAUGAAAUUUCAAUUUCUGCCAACUCGGCAUAUUGUCCAAUGUAUUAUGGCAUUCACGAGUAUUUAGUAGCGCAUAACGGUCGUGUGGUGAAUAACUUGUCGUCGAAACGUGGGUACAACAGGUAAAUGAUGAUCCCCUCUCCAUUGAGUCGACUCCCUUCUAUAUAAGAGGGCCACCAGGUCUCCUCCCGAUUCUUCAGUCGAUUAUUUCACUCAAUUCGCGAUAAUCUAUAACGCUACCUCCCCGAUAGCAUUCAUAUCUAUUGACUCAUCAAUUAAAAGCAUUUCAUAAAUUUCAUUGACCAUGAGGGUUGCCGUGAUUUUAUGUCUUAUCGUUGGUUCUGUGUUAGCACAGAAAAGUGGUAAAUACGAUCAUGUGGAUGUGGAUGCUAUUCUUAAGAAUAAUCGAGUCCUAACACAGUACAUCAAGUGCAUGCUUGGGGAAGCCUCAUGUACUGCGGAAGGACGAGAGCUCAAGAAGGUACUUCCGGACGCCCUGAGGACAAACUGCGCCAAGUGUGACGAGAAGGAAAAAUCAACGGCGGAGAAAGUGAUCAAUCAUUUAAAAAAUAACAGGCCCAACGAGUGGAAGCGACUGAUCGCCAAAUAUGAUCCACAUGGAGAGUAUGAAAAACGUUUUGCGACUAGUGCAAAGCACUGAAUUAUUCCAUCGUGACGAGGUUACAAAAACCAUGAAAAUGGAAAAUCAUGGACAUCUACAAUCUCUACUCCACUCGUCGUUUCUUCACUAAAGAUCCAAGCUGGAACAAUGUAAUUAGUGUCUCAUUAUUAUUUUUAAGUAUGAAGUAUUAUAAAUGUUAUGCGAAAGGCUGUUACUAAUUGGAUAAAUAAAAAUCCCCUACAAUGAA